AUGGAGAGCCAGAACUUUACGCACGGAUCUGGUUCCGUGAAUAAGUCUCUGUCCCAGCGUCCAACUGUAAUUGGGACGGAAAUCGCUCUACCAAUUUUUAUGUUUGUAGGUGGUGCCUUUGGGAAUUUGAUUGCAAUAAUCGUACUUUCAGUUUCACGACAGGAGAGAAAAUCCUCCGCCUUUUUUACGCUGGUAUGCGGACUGGCGGUAACGGACCUGUUGGGCACCUGUUUGGCCAGCCCGCUCACCAUAGCCAACUACCUGGACAACCAUGUGUUGAUGGACAUGCAUGUCUGCGAGUUUCACUCCUUUCUGCUGCUGUUUUUCAGUUUGACCGGACUGAGCAUCAUAUGCACCAUGGCAGCGGAGCGGUAUCUUGCUAUCUGCUGUCCAUACACCCACCAGCGAUGGGGAGUGGACCGCCGUUUUGCGCAGAAGUUCCUUUUAUUUAUUUAUUUAAGUCACAUUUUGUUCUGUUGCCUCCCCAUGAUUGGGAUGGCAGAGAGUGAGCUGCAGCCAUCCGGCACCUGGUGCUUCAUCGACUGGAGGUCGCAAGACAUUGUGGCUACCGCUUAUUCCGUUUUGUACGGCGUCGUCAGCCUGCUGCUGAUCCUGGGAACCAUUGUUUUGAACUUCGCCGUGUGCGGAGCGCUGCUGUUGAUGCGCCGCAGGACCGUGCAGCGGCCCGUCACCAGGGCCAGCGUCCGGCAGAGAUGGAGGGCGCUGUCCUCCGCCGCGGAGACGCAGAUGAUCGCAGUGCUGGUGAUGACCUCUGUGGUGGUUCUAGCCUGUUCAGCUCCGCUGGUGGUGCGUGUAUUUGCUAACCGCUUAAAAAGUAACCACAAAGCAGAUUUGGCCGCCAUCCGGACUGCCUCAGUGAACCCCAUCCUGGACCCCUGGAUCUACAUCCUCCUCAGGAGGUCCCUAUUUCGACGGUUACUCAGUUUAACCAGGAGAGGCAGCAGCACUCGCAGCAAUUCCCCACCCUCAACACAAAUGACUCUGUUGUGUCCUGAUAACAUGAUGGAUAGUCAUGUGUUCACCCAGCUGAUGUGCAAUGCAAACAUUAUCACUCAGCUCCCUGCUACGGUCAAAUUCACUUCACAAGACACAAAGGGCCUUUGCCACACUUAAGUCUCCAAGAACUCAGCACAUGUGUGGCAUCUAUGAAUGUUUGCAGCUGACAGCAUCAUACGGGGCAGUAGGCUGCAUGAAGUUUGAGAGAGAAAGAUGAGGAUGACUGUGUGGACUCUCGGCCGCACAGGAUCCUCAGAUCUCCUGUGGGAUUAUUUAUUAAAUGGACUUGGAGGAGUGCUGUGAUUGCACCACACACAUCCUGUAGUGCCGAGAUAAGCUAAUUGACGCCUGUGUUGGUACAUGAAGUGCAAUAAUGAGACACAAAUAAGCCUUUAUUAUGUGCCUUUUAUUUUUUUACAAACUCUGCUCAUAGUUUUUGCCUCACAACUUAAUUUUUCCUCAAGAUAAAUUCAGCUUUAUGUAACAGUAUCUCUCAUAAUCUCUACUUCCAUCACAUCUAUCAAUGUUUUUAUCAGCCAAAGUUACUUCAGGCAGACGGGCAGAUUGUUUUUCUGUGAAGUUGUGUUUUUUUUUAAUCAGAAAUAACAUUUUGUGUACAUCAAGAGAGAUUUCCCUCAAAAAAAACUUUUGCUUUGCUCCCUUUGCAGCAGGCUUUGAGAAGUAAAAAUAUAUUUAUGUGGUACCAUGUCUGAACAGGUCAAGUGAAGUUUUUUUUAAUCUGAUUGUGCAAACAAUAAAAUAAUAAACAUAACAUUUAAUAAAAUUCAAUAUCUCAGAAAUACAGCAACAAAAUAUAUCACAAGAAACAUCAAAUUAGAACAUGAUUCAUAAAAAAAAACAUUAAAAACCAUAUUUUAACAUAUAAUAAAAGCAUACAUGCUGCUAUUGUUGUAUUAAAAAUGUAUGUUUUCAAUUAAUCUGAGCCCGUGUGCCCUUUGUUAUUUGUGUUGUGUCUGUGGUGUAAGGAAAACCAGCACAAAG